AAAGAUCCCAAUUCGAGUGAUAAGCAAAAAAAACUAUCAUUAUAAAAAAUUUAAGUGAAAGUAUAAUAAACGUGGCUGAAAAUCUCCCUAGGCCUGCUCAAUGGUUUGUUUUUAUAACAGUUAUUAUCACAUUUUUGAUUUGUUGCGCUUUGAUCAUACGGAAUAUAUAGAAUAUAUAAUCAAAUAAAUCAACAAAUAUGACCAAUCAUAUAUUUUCCGUAUGGAUUAUGUAUGAUUACAAUCAUAAUUUUUUAGCAUGGAGGGUAGCAAAAUUCUGAAAAGCGCAAUAAUUAGUCGAUCAAAAAAUUCCUAACUUUUACGCAUAAUUUCUCUUCAAAAUGUCGGAUGCAAGUUCAUCUUCAUUACAUACUUUAUUAGAGCAAUUAUCUUUGGAAUUACAUGAAUGUUUGGGAAAAAUAAUACCAGAUAUUAAUGAAGAAGCUUUGAAUCAAACCAAGAAAGCCGAAUAUCCUGAUAAAUAUGAAGAAAAAGUGGUUGAAAAUCAAACCCAUAAAUUUUUAAGCGUAGCUAAACAAUUAGAAAUUGAAUUUAACAAGAUUGUUUUUUCUGAAAGACAAACUGAAGAAGUCAUUUUAAAAGAGGAAAUUGAUGGAUUACGUCAAACUAUUGGACAACAAAAAGAAGUUAUUACAAAAUAUACUUUAUUAAUGAAACAAUGGACAAAAGAAUUUAAAGAAUUAGAGGAUGAGAAUAAAAUUCCUAUAUAA